UUCCUUUUAAAUUUUCACGAAUGACCACCAAGUGAAGCAAAUAUAGUCUAAAAUAUCAGUUUUUCUGCUGAUGAUGCUGCACCAGUCAGUUGAAGGAUUUCGUUGUUUCGUUUUUUGCAGGAAAAAAACGGAAAAAUUGAGUGUAACGGUAGUUAAAAAAAGAGACUGAAGCGCUCUUGUUUGGGGAAAGCGAAGGGAGGGGCGAUAUUCUGACUUCAAGCCAGGCAAAAAUGUGUACAGUGGGAAAAAGUCUGCGAAAAAGGGAACUUGCGAUCAGAGAGAUGGGACAGAGGGUGGACACAACGUCCUACCGCAUCUCUUGAUAAAGUAGAGCUAGGAAAAAACAGAUAUCAAAAGGCAGCUAAGAAAGAAGAAUAACUUGCUAGUUUGAUAGAAGGGAAAGACUGAGCGAGAAACCGAGAGAACGGAAAAGAGGAGGGGGGGAACGGAGAAAGCAGGCCAGCGGGUCGGUACGGAACAAGCGGCGAUGUAGCUGACCCGCCGCGCUCGAUUCAUGGGCUCGGAGGCUGUAGAAGACUGUGUGCAGGGGGCACUCUCGUCUUUGUACCCCCCAUUCGAGAGUACGGCCCCUCCACUUCUCUCCCAGGUUUUCUCUGUGCUGGAGUCGACCUAUCAGCAUGACAGUCUGAGAUACCUCCUGGACUACUUCAUCCCAGCUAAACACCUACUGCAGAGACUACAGCAACAUGCAUGUUCACAGUACCUGGGCUGUCUGUUCCUACAUGCUGGCUGGCCGCUGUGUCUUGGAGACAGGGUGGUGGUACAACUGUCCACACUGGACUGGCGGCUCUUGCGCAGUACUGACUUCUACCUGCAGGUGGUGCCCUUCUCCACACGCUGCCCUCGCCUGGCCCUGAAGUGCCUGGCCCCCGGGGGCCGCAAUGUGCAGGAGGUGCUGGUGCCGGAGUCACAGCACGCUCUGGUGUUCACCCCAGAGUGGCUUCACUGCAUCAAUAAGGAGCGAGGAUUCCAGAGAGAGGGAGGAGGUGGGUUGGACACAUGUCUGGUGAGCACAGGUGAGGGCAUGGUCAGGUUGCCAUGGGAGGAGGUGGUCUAUCCUAAGUUUGUGUCCAGCCCUUCCCCCAGCUCCCCUUGCGAGACAGACUCCUGGUCCUGGGAUGAGGAUGAAGACUCUGCCCCUGAUGCAGAGACCCCGCCCCUCCUCAGGAAACAUGGGACCCUGGGGGAGGAGCCAGCUGGCGAGUAUGUGCAGCUGCUGGAGCCUCGUGAUGGGCCUGAGGGCGGGGCAGAGGCCGGGUCAGAGGGCGGGGCUGAUGGGGGGACGGAGUCCAGGCAGAGGUACCUGGAGAUGCAUGGGAUCUGCAAGACCAAGACGCUGCCGCUCUGUCGCAGGGGGCGGGGCCUGAGGCUGCGGCGCGGGAAGGCUUGGGCUCACGGAAAACACGACCCCCUGGGGGGCCGGAGGGGCGUGGCCACGCGCAGAGACAGCCCCCACACCCCCACGGGGGCCCAGGGCCUCCUGUCCCGCCCUGUACCCCGAGUCAUCGACCUGGAGAGAGAGGGAGCGGAGGGGCCUGUCCAGGAGAGGAGGCCGGGAGUCGGCAGAGAGCGGGAGGGAGCCAAUCAGGUAGCAGAUCAGCACUUGGAAGGGGAGGGCCAAUCAGAUGAGGACACGCUGUCACGCUCAGGAUUUCCUCUGGACCAAACAGAGCGGUUGUUGGUGGGCGGGGCCGGAGGAGCGGUGGAUGAUGAUCCAUCUUCGGCUGGAGCUGCCAGAGGCACUGAGAAUACUGAAAGACCAUUGGAUGGAGCUGCCAGAGGCACUGAGAAUACUGAAAGACCAUUGGAUGGAGCUGCCAGAGGCACUGAGAAUACUGAAAGGCCAUUGGAUGGAGCUGCCAGAGGCACUGAGAAUACUGAAAGGCCACUGGAUGGCAGUUGUCGAACUCAAAGGCUGUCUGAAGAAACAUCAUCAGCCCAGAUGGACAGAUCUCCAGCAGACAGAACCUCAGUCCAGGACAAGACUACUGAGGGUAACCUUAACUCUGACCCAAACCCUGCCCCCACCACAGAACUGGGGCAUGGUGGGAUGCUGGAGGAUAGACUGUGUCUUAGAGGCAAGGAAGUGAAGACAGCAGGAUUUAGAGCUCCCAGGAGGAAGAGGAAGGGGAAAGGGGGGAGAGGGAAGGCCAAAUCCAGUGGGCGUGGUCAGGGGGGCAGAGACACCCCCCACAAGCCUCAGGGAAAAGCUGAAAAGGACAACAGCCCUGACAUAACAGUCAGUGCCAACAGUCAAUCAAAGCAGGCCCAGUCAGCAGCGGGGAGGGAAGAGUUCGCACCAGCCAAUGAGGAAACAGAGGGGGCGGGGUCACAGAAGCAAGCGGGAGAAAACCUAAAGGUCCAAUCAGAAAUCCUUCUAGAUGCCAACAGCCAAUCAAACACUGUGUUUCCUGACUGCUGUUCAGAGGAUGUCUCAUCAGUUAAUUCUCCUGACCAAUCAGAUGGCUUUUCUUGUAAGACUCCUCCUCUCCUUCGGGAACUGGACCCUGAAGUCCUCCAAUCAGGAUGGCUGAUUCUGACAGGCACAGUAGACAGGAUGGGGCGUGCUGUGGUUACCAUAGAAACACAGAACCCACCUGAUGGUUUCCAGGACAAGGAGGUGGCCCGUGUGUUGACCUGUUAUCAUGCCAUUACACGCCCCUCUGCUAAGGAGAAAGGGGUGACGGUAAUUCUGGACUGCAGGCUCUCCCCGCCCUCCGAUCUGUGUCUCUCUGCUCUGAAGCUCUUCCAGGACCUGGCUCCUGGGGCUCUGGGUUGUGUGCUGGUUCUGAUAGAGGAGCAGCAGAGCCCCACAGCGCUCAACAUGGCUGGAGUAGAGGUACAUUCUGUGUGUGGUACUGGGGUCCUUCAGCAGUUUGUGGACAGGCAGCAGCUGCCCUCAGCUCUGGAUGGGGACUUUCAGCAUUCACACUCCCAAUGGCUCUCCUACCGGCUGAGCCUGGAGCGACUGACUGAGCACUGUGAGAGCGCCCUCUCUCUGCUGGAGGAGGCGAUGCAGUCCCUGAACACAGAGCCCCUUCCACACAGCACAAAGACAGUGCUGCUCAGUGUGAACAAACACAGAGAGCUGAUGACAGGCGUCCUGUCUGACCAAAGACUGACUGAGCUGCAAAGAGUGGGUGGGACUUGGCUGGCGAGCCUGACCAAUGGCAGGGCAGGACUGGCACAGACGUCACCUGACUGCAGGGCAGCACUUGCCCGGACUUCUGACCUGUACAACAGCGUGGACGACGCACUACACCGAUUGGUCCGUGUCUCCAACCAGAGGGGGCGGAGCCUGGAUGCCCUGAGCAGGCUGGCCAAACUGCAGGAAAAGCUGGAGAGGUGUGACAGAGAGGUGGAGCAGGUGGUGGAGCAGGUGGAGGAGUUUAGGGUUCCGCCCCUGUCCCUUAGCAGCUUAGCCCUCAAACAGCAGAAGUACAGAGCCUUCCGAGAGACGGCCAUGGAGCUGCAGAAAGAGACAAACACUGUUCUGGCGGAAGUGGAGAACUGGGCAGGGCAGGACUGGGAGGGGCGGGGCUGGGAGGGGCUGGGGGCGGUGCUACAGAAACUACCCUCUGUCAGAGACAAACUGCGUAACAUGACACACUGCCUGUCAGAUUGCUGGACCCAAAUGGACACCACACACAGACUGCUAAACACGCUAACCGAGGCGUCUCAGUGGUGUGAUGCAGUUUGUGCCACGCCUAUGUCCUCCUCCAGCUCACCCCUCACCUCUCUCCCCCCCAUCCCACCUUCACGUUUCCAUGACGCCCGUGCUUUGGCCAUGGACCUGGGGGGCGGGGCCCUGUUGGAGCUGUGGUCGCGCACGCUGGAGCGCUACCAGCAGACCCUGGCACAGUUCAAGUCCCGGCUGACCCCGGCCCCGCCCCGCCCCGCCCCGGCCCCGCCUCGGCCCGCCUCAGCCACGCCCCGGCCCAAAGCUGCCUCCUCCAGCAGCAUGUGGGACCUGCUGAGUCUGCAGGGGGAGGUGGACUGGGAGGGAGAGGGCGAGGGGGGAGAGGGGGGGCUGCAGUCCUGGGGCUCUCUCGCCUCUCUCUUCCGCCCCCAGACCUGCUCUACCCUGAAAAUUGGAGAGGACAAGAAGAGAGAGGGAGGAGGAGGAGGAGGAGGAGGUGGAGGAAAGUUCCUGCAAGCUCUGCUGCAUCCUGCCAAGAAGAGUCCCCCAGAGGCCCCCCUUCCUCCCAAACCCCCCAGGAGGCGAAACCCCAGCUUCGACCUGCAGGCUCUGCUGGCCCCCCGGCGAGCCCUUGCCCCGCCGCGCCCUGCCCCACCCCGCCCCGCCCCGCCCUGUCCCACCGAGGGCCUUGGGACAGGCAGCCGAACCUCGCCCCUGUCCUGGCUGGGCCGCAGGGUGCCGGUGGAGCCCAUGCCCAGCGCCAGCGUGGGGGGGGGCGGCAGGGCUGGGGGCGUGCUCAUCCGCGGCGUGGAGGUCAGCAGCAAGGAGGUGGUGGAUCACACCGGGUCACCACGGCAACACGUACUGCUGAGUCGCACCGAGAGAGAGACUGCACCAGAGAGACAGGGCGUGUCUGCACACAGCAGGGCAACCCAGCUGGCCUGCAGACUGCUGGCGAUGGAGAGGCAGUACGUGGCCCUGCUGAAGGGGGUGGAGGAGAGCUACCUGCCCCUGCUGGAUGCUGUGGACACGCCCACCCCCCUGCGAGGCCAGGGCCAUACCCUCUUCUCCAACUGGUCAGGCCUGAGUGCUUUCCACUCGCAGUACCUCCUCCCCGCCAUGGAGGGCGCUAUCACACAGACGCUACUGCUACAGGACUGCUUCAGCAAAUACAAAACACAGUUCCUUCAGUACUCUCACUAUAUCAGAACCAAACCAGAAAUGGACUCUUUGCUGGUCAGUCAGGCAACAGACUUCUUCAAGAUGAAGCUGCCAGAUCUGGCCCUGCCCUCGCCGCUAGCCUUCCCAAGCUGCCUGCAGGCCCCUGUUCAGCAGCUCGCUCACUACUGCCACAUAGUGGAGGAGUUGGCUGGCCCAAGCCCCGCCCCUGACUCCACCCUCUCCACCCUCAAGCACAUUCAGCAGCAGGGGGAGGACCUGAGGGCCAGUGACCUCAUCGUGGGGUGUCCGGUGCCUGUGUCAGAGAGGGGUGAGUUGUUGAGGCAGGGGGAGCUGCUGGUGUUUGGGGGAGCCAGGCGGAGGAAGAGUGGGGUGCGGAGAGUGUUCCUGUACCAGCACAUCCUCAUCUUCACCAAACCCAAACCCUCCAGCGCUACAAGCCCUGUCUACAACUACAAACACAGCGUUAAGACAGGGGAGAUGGGUCUGACUCAGAGUGUGGGGGAGGAGGGCUUGAGGUUUGAGGUGUGGGUGCGGCAGGCCUCUCGAACCCGGGACUGCCUGACCCUGCAGGCCCCUUCCUGUGAGGAGCGGAGCGCCUGGACGCACCAAAUCGCCCAGCUCCUGUGGGCUAACGCCAUCCACAACACCGAGCUGUGUCUGAAGGAGUCUCUCUGUAUGGGGGUGUCCAGUAAGCUGCUGCUUGAUGUGACAGGAAUACCCAACACAUCCGAGCAGGAGCUCCACUGCCUCUCUGAGCGAGUUCAAAGCAGUUGUUCUGAUUCCUCCUCAGUUGGCAGUCAGAAGGAAGGAGGCUCCCCAAUAUUAGGAAGACAUCCCCAAAAGCAUUCACAGGAGCUAACCUUUGGUUCUGUGGACCAAGGAAACUGGGUCUCAGGGACCAGUAGCAAGAGCCAGACCAUGCUGGAAACAACUGGAAACCCUCACAGGACUCUAGUCCUCAUGGACCUCCAUCUUGGCUCAGAGUGCCACAGUCGCAAACUCACCAGUUGAUUCUAAAAUGACAUCACUACACUUGUCUGAGAACCUGGACCAAUGAUGUCAGCUGGAGCAGCUUGCAGUACUGGCCACUGGGGGCAGUGUGCUUACAGGGGCCUGGGGGAUCUGAGGAUGCCUGUGGGGGAAAAGAAACAACAUCACCAUUAUUUCUUAUUAUUGAUACAAUUAGUUUUUUAUCUUUAAUGAUUUAAAUACAAACUGCUCUCUGACUGUACAGUCCCUCCCUUAGGCAGUUUGUAACUAUGUUUAGAAGGAAGCAUGCUAUUGCAGGAUGCCCCACUAAGCCACACCUACACUCUAAGCCCUGCCCAAUGUAUGUUUGUAAAUCUGGCAGUAUACUCAGUAAGAAGAAAGAACUUCAGGAUUGAGAACCACCGGCGAACAUGUCCACGAACACCGUUGUCGGUAUACUCAGUGAGAACACCGCACCAUUUUAUGUCACUCCACCCUGCUGGGGGGCGCAGAAUACUUACGAGGCAGCUAUUAACCGGGGCUGGAAUCUCGCCCAGACCUCCGUCUCACGGCUACGCCAUGGAUGUUCUUAUAGAAAAAUUAUGCUUAGCCACAGCAAUAAGAAACAGUAAACGGAAAAUUACAAAUGUACCUCUCACCCCUCCCUUAAAAGAUGUGUUGUUUGCUUCACGCGAUAAGGGAACUAUGCGAGACACGCCUGUGAAGUGUUAGAAGCUUAUAAAAGAGAAGGCUCUCUAGUGUUCAGAGAACCUUCACGCGGAAACGUUUUUUCUCUGUGUGAACUCUCCUAUUUGGCCAAAUAAACGUUUGAACUGAAUAUUGUGUGAAAGUCUAUUUGACUUUUCUCACCGAACUUGGAGAUCUAGAGAAUUUCCACCACAAUGUAUAAAGAGAAGGGCUAUGCGAGAUCACAACACAAAACAACAAUGGCGGCAGUGAUAGAAGCACAAAUGCAACAGAGACAGAGAGAGGAGUUUAAAGUGGCUUUAGUUUAUCUAGGUAUGCAAAAGAAGAAAAAAAGGCGAAGGAGAUGGUACGUUCGCCCUCUAAAGUUUGACGGACAAUGGAGAGUUCUGUCUGUACAUUUGGCAAAUGCGAGUUUAGACGAGGGGGUCCACUUCUCUUAUUUCCGAAUGUGUGCUAGGCGUUUUGAUGACUUGCUGAAACAAUUAGCACCAUUCAUAAAACAUGCGGAAACUCACAGAAAUCCCAUCUCUGCAGAAGAGAGAUUGGCGUUGACUCUCCGUACAUUAGCAUGUGAAGUCUGCCCUCUGAACUCUCAACCAUGAAGUAACCAACCAUGUGACAUUUGGACCAAUAGCUGAGAGGGGAGGUCGGAGAACAGGAAAGACAUUUUCUAAAAGUUCUCCCUAGAGGCCGUCGCACACUGCACCGUGAGAACACACAACACCGCGUCUUUUUGUUCUUCCGUUGUUCUCAUUGCGUCUUUUUGCUCAAAAAGUUCUACUUCUUACGAAGUAUACUGCCUACUUAAGGGUAAAGCUACACAUCCUCUGAUACGUUGGCCUGGCAUCGCACUCCCCUCCCACAAUCAGCUGCUUGUGGGCAUGUUUUCUAUUUUUAAAACAGUUUUCAUUAAAAGUAUAUCAACCGUAUAUUUUGUAAUUCCCCACAAAGAAAUAAUUAAGGAGUCCUUCUAGUAGAACUAUGUGGAAUGGGGAAAUAAAAUUUUACAUGUCAGUUUACAUGUCAGAACUUUAAUCUGAUUGGUUAUCGCAUCGUGUUCCCCGUCUUGGCUCCACCCACUUGCCUCACAUUGGCAGCUAUCCCAGCAGGCCGUGCAAAUGCCAAAACUGGGCUCCCAUUGAAAUGAAUGGUGGCAAUUACGAAGUUGGAUGUGUGGCUUCACCUACACUUUUAAUGGCAGGAUCUGUGUCCGAUACAGUGUGUGUGUGUGCAUGAUCUGUCUGUAUUUCAUACUGUGUGUGUGUGUGUGUGUGUGUGUGUGUGUGUUUGAGUGUAUGUGUGAGUGUGCGUGUGUGUGAGAGAGAGUGUGUGUAAGAGAGAGAGUGUGUGUGUGUGUGUGAGAAAGAGAGUGUGCAGGAUCUGUAUUUGAUACUCUGUAUGUGUGUGUGUUUGUGUAUGUGUGUGUACGUGUAUGUGUUUGAGUGUAUGUGUGAGUGUGUGUGUGUGCAUGUGUUUGAGUGUAUGUGUGAGUGUGCAUGUGUGUAAGAGAGAGAGAGUGUGUGUGUGUGUGUGUGUGUGUGCAGGAUCUGUAUUUGAUACUCUGUAUGUGUGUGUGUUUGUGUAUGUGUUUGAGUGUAUGUGUGAGUGUGUGUGUGUGUGUGUAUGUGUUUGAGUGUAUGUGUGAGUGUGCGUGUGUGUGAGAGAGAGUGUGUGUAAGAGAGAGAGUGUGUGUGUGUGUGUGUGUGAGUGUGCAGGAUCUGUAUUUGAUAUUCUGUAUGUGUGUGUGUUUGUGUAUGUGUGUGUAUGUGUAUGUGUUUGAGUGUAUGUGUGAGUGUGUGUGAGUGUGUAUGUGUGUGUGUGCAGGAUCUGUAUUUGAUAUUCUGUAUGUGUGUGUGUUUGUGUAUGUGUGUGUACGUGUAUGUGUGAGUGUGUGUGAGUGUGUAUGUGUUUGAGUGUAUGUGUGUGUGUGCAGUGGCAUGGCUUGGGUGAACCCUCAUGUGUCGCAGUGUUGCAUUAGAAUUAACACAAAGAUGAAGCAGCCGUUUGUGCUUUAGAGACUUUCCUUUCAGUGUGUGUAGCAGAGAGCAGCAUGGUACUGCCCCAGGGGUAAGGGGGGUGUGAUGGGUGGGACUUAUAUAACCACACCCCUAAGCCACGCCCCCAGUCAGAUCGCACCAGCUCAGCCACUCGUCCAAGCUAAAGAAGCUUCACUGCAUGUUUUUGAAUGUACACGUGUGGUUAAUCCUAUUCAAUGUAAAUACUGAUAUUCUAUUAAAAUGUAUUGUGUUGUAUCAGUAUUGCCCUUAAUAUCAGUGUUUACAGGGUUAGGCAGGAGCGUGUACCUCAAACGCUGUGCUGUCCUAAUGCAUAAAAUUGCAGAUAUUUGAUAAACUUCAAUAAAAAAGAAAAGGAAA